AUGGGAUUUUUCAUAAAGUUGGAGGUCUGGCUCGGUAGCGGAGGGUUUGGCAAAUUUCGGGCACGCCUGCCCUGCCGCUCUCCGGUGGUGCGGAGACCCAUCGCCAAAGUGCUAGUCGACUUCGCAACUUUGGCGAAAAUCCGUGUUCCUCCACACUCCGUCAACGUCAAAUCACAUCACAUCAAAAUGGCGCCUGCUGCUGGAGCUAAGAAGCAAAAGAAGAAGUGGUCUAAGGGCAAGGUCAAGGACAAGGCCCAGCACGCCGUCCUUCUCGACAAGACCACCGCCGAGAAGCUCUACAAGGAUGUCCAGUCCUACCGCCUGGUCACCGUUGCUGUUCUCGUGGACCGUAUGAAGAUCAACGGCUCCCUGGCCCGCCAGUGCAUUACCGACCUGGAGGAGAAGGGCUUGAUCAAGCCUGUUAUCACACACAGCAAGAUGAAGAUCUACACCCGCGCCAUUGUCGCAUAA